CUUUGACCUUGCGGCCUUGCCAGCCAGUUGUGAUCCGUGAAUUAUGAAAGUGUAUUGUUAAAGGGGUUCUUACUAGGGUAAUGGCUGCUAGGUGCUUCCUGCGAUGCAUUGUGGUUCCUCAGUAUAGGGCGACAGCGAGGGGGCCACAAGUACCUGGGUUGAAGUGGAUACGAUGCUGGUGUCAAGGACGUUCCAGUGUUGUGGAGGGGAGAACCAGCGUGGUGACGGCCAGGGUGGACAGGCGUGAGGACAGUUUCACUCUGCUUCCGCGGGGCAUCCCGGCUGACAAGGAUGAUAUACUGAAUGAAAUCAACAAUGUCCUAUAUGGGAAGCCGGCCAAUAUACAAGCUCGUCAUGGCAUCCAUAGUCGUCUAGAGACCCUGGAGAGCGUGGGAUGCGCACUCGACGACAUCCACAACAGCCCCGACGUCCUUCUUCUCACCGAGGUUCAGGUGUUCAAGGCUGUCCAGAAGUUGCGCAAGAGGCAUCUGGAUGUAAAUGUUGAAAGAGUCAAGAUCGCUCAUCUGCGUUCAAAAGGAGAUUUUCAGAAACUUGUCCAAGAUCACCAGAAGAAGCAGAGGCAUGAAAUAUCAAAAUUGUUGCAGUGUUCAGUGGAACACUGUGAGGCCUUAGGGAAACAGUACCCAUUCCUGAAAUCAGAAACUGCAAAACGACUCGCGCCCAAGAUUGACUAUCUUCUCUCAACUGGCAUCACGCUGGAUGAAGUCCGGGAAAACUGCUUCAUCCUUAAAAGGAAAUUGGAUGAUCUUGCUGAAGUGGCAUCAGGAAUUCAGAAAAUCCGGUGCGGCAAAGUGGGAACAUUUGACAAAGAAUCAAGAGAACUUUUUCUUGACACUGAAAAGCUGCUUCUUUAUUCAAGAGAAAAGACUGACAAGAAGCAACAGAGAUGUGAACACGUUGCUCGGUUGUUACAAGUAGAUAUAUCCCAGCUGGAUGUUAAGUAUUGUGCAGUGCCACUGAAGACAGUUUUGCUGAAAAUAAUAUUCCUGUUGGACCAGGGCAUUAACAAGAAGGAUCUUCUGAACCAUCUCUACCUCAUGCAGAUCAGUCUGUCUACACUACAACGAACUGUCAAGACAGCGCACAAUGUAGGUCUGACAAAAUUCACUGCAAUGUCUCUCAUCAAUAUCCUGCAGCAUAGAACAAUCUCACCCAAACCAGGCAAAGCCAGACACCAUAAUUUCGUUGCCCGUCAGCUGGAUUUGCCCAAAACUGUGUUUUCAAAUCUGGGACCACGUUCGAAUCUCGUUUUCUCCCGGGACAAAUCGAUAUUAAAAGCAAACAUUGAUUAUCUGAAGAGUAAAGGGUUCUCCAGUAGAGAUAUACAUGACUGUGUGUUGGUUAUUGGACAUGAGCCUGAUGUAUUGAAGUCAUAUCUGGAAUCGAUGUCCGAGAGGCUGGAGGUCCAACAGUAUGAGAUCAUAGACAAUGUGGUGGUAUUAAAUGCUGUACAGUACUUCAUUGAGAGGGAUGGGAACUUUAACUGUAAGGAACAACUUAGUGAUGUGAAGGAGUAUGUGGCCCCUGAGAGCUUGGCCGACCUGCACGAGGACGACUCAACGGGGGACGACUCACCUCGAUAAAGACAGUAGCAGAUCUGGGAUAAAGGCAUUAGAUUGAAUCCUUAAUCAUACUCUUUUGUUAAUGAUUGUUUGAUUGGCAUUCUAGAAGUUGGCAGGUCAAUAACGAAGCAUACAACUUAAUGGAUAAC